ACUGAGCACAUGCCCGCCGCCUCCCUCAAUGCAGCUGGGAGCGUCCACCAGCCUUCCACCAGUAUGGUGACCUCCUCCCAGUACCGCCAGCUGCUGAGUGACUAUGGGUCAUCAUCUCUAGGCUACACACAGGGAACAGGAAACAGCCAAGGGUCUCAGAGCAAAUAUGCUGAGCUGCUGGCCAUCAUCGAAGAGCUGGGGAAGGAGAUCCGACCCAAGUACACGGGCAGCAAGAGCGUGAUGGAGAGACUGAAACGAGGCAUCAUCCAUGCCAGUGGGCUGGUUCGGGAGUGCUUGGCCGAAAUGGAGCUGAUCGCCAGGUCCUAG